AUGUCUCCAGCUAGAUCGUUCUCCCCGGAACUUCACACUCAUAGAACUGAUUCUUCUAGCAGAUCAACACAAACUAGUAAAGCAAGAAGAAGUCUUGAUAGCUCGUCAAGUGAAACUGUUUGCAGAAUCUGCCAUGAAGGUGGAAGCAUCGAGCAGCUUUUUUCACCAUGCUACUGUUCUGGAAGUAUAGGUCUUUUACACGUUUCAUGUCUACAGAGAUGGCUGGGAUCGUCCAACAAGACUUCUUGUGAGCUUUGUCAUUUCCAGUUUAAAGUAGAAAGGAGUCCAAAACCAUUUCGUCUUUUUCUAAAGAACCCAGGUAGACGACGUGACAAGCGCCAUAUGAUUUGUGACAUUGUUUGUUUCACGUUCUUGGCACCAUCUUCAAUAGUGACUGCUUAUUUAUGUAUUGUUGGAAGCAGAAUGUACGACGCCGGAAGAAUAGAAGCUGUCUUGCUUUAUUGUUUGACCUUUGCUCUUAUGGUCUUGUUCAGUGCAUGGGUUACGAUGUGUCUCCGCCAUAACUAUGGGCUUUGGAAAGAUUGGAAACAGUUCAAUCAGAAUGUCCGAAUAAUAUGUGAACCAUCUUCUGAGCUACAGAAAGAGACUAUUAGAAAUUCACCUUCUGGAAAGGUUAAAAUGCAGCGCGUCAAACUAUGUAGCAUCAAAAUAAAAGUAUCAACAAAUAUGAAUUCACCCAAAAGUCAAGCAACACCUGAAAUUUAUCAUCACUUACGUUUGACCGAAGGUAAUAUCAAACGUUCUUUAGACGAUCCAACGAGCUACAGGAAGAACCUCUCACAUGUAGAGGAAGGAAAUGAACCUGCCGUAGGUCAUAGUCAGAUGUCACAGGGCCACUAUGGCAGUUAUAAGGAUGGACUUGUUCCUCGUGAACAUACUGUUGAAAGUAUAUUAUGUUUUAACUUAAAUAGAAUGUAA